AUGCCUAGCACUUCUAUGACCGAGGAUCGCUCUGAAAUUGAGCGACGCCGUUUUGAAUAUCUUGACCAUCCAGCGGAUAUUCAAUUACACUCUUGGGGAUCCAAGAUUGAAGAAGCUUUCGAGGCAUGCUUAGUGUCUAUGUUUGGAUACAUGACUGAUUUAACCAAAGUAGAAGAGCAAUACGAGUUCUACUGGAAAGCAUCAGGAGAUAGUAUGGAUGGCCUUCUCUUCCAGUUUCUCGAUGAGGCUCUCAACUCAUUCCACGCCGAGCCAUGCUUUGUAGCUAAACGAGUUGAAAUUCUUCGGUUUGAUAAAGAAAAGUUUCAGAUUGAAUUCCGUGGGUGGGGAGAGUCCUUCGAUACUUCAAAACAUGAGACAGAAGCUGAUAUCAAGUCCCCAACCUAUUCAAACAUGCAAAUCAUUGAAAAACCUAACAGAUGCGAUGUCUACGUCAUUGUUGACAUCUGA